UCAUAGACGGACGAAGAUUGAGAGAGAGAGAGAGAAUGAAAGGCGAACAGACAAUGACGCAGCUGAAAGAAGCCAUCAUCGCCAUCGCAACAGACGGUGUCACCGGAGCUGCUGUUGGCGGCGUAGCAGGAACGGUCAUGAUCAUGUCCUGCCGCUGCCGGCGUAACCCUCGAGCCGUAACUCAGAACGCUCUAAGGUGUGCUCGGGACUGUUCAGCAUCUUUCGCUGCAUGGAAUGGAACAGAGUACGUAAUGAAAGGAAUCAGAGGCAAAGAUGAUCUUACGACUGCCAUGGUCGGAGCAUCAGGUGGUGGGUUGGCAUACUCUUUUGUGAGCCAAGGCUUGAAAGUAAAGCCCGCACUCUCCUUGGCUGCUUGCUACGCUGUUGCGGGAGGAACACUUCAUAAGGUGAAGGAAACAAUCAGUGCAAGAAGUGAACUUUCCACCAGGGGCAAGGCUUCUGAUACUUGAUCCAUAUCAAGAGGUUUUAAAUCCAACAGCAAGCCCAAGACUAUGUCACUGGAGAAGUCCAUAGAAGCCCACGUAAUUAGGG